AUGAGCUAUAUAAGUAGAAGGCAAUUCAAUGGCUCUACUCAUCGUAUUUUCUUAGCCAUGCUUAGUGCAAGGAGACUUCUUGCUCUUGCAAGGAAGUGGCGGAAGAUGGCUGCCUCAGGAAGGAAGAGGAUCCACUGGAUGAACAGAGAAGCUUAUCCAGAUCAGUUCGGUGGUGAGGACGUUGCGACAAACAAGACGAUUGCAGCUAAAGGCCACUUCAUGGUGUGCUCGUGCGAAGGGCAGAGGUUCAUGGUUCCCUUGGAGUUUCUUAACUGCUGGGUCUUCCGAGAACUGUUGAUGCUGUCAGAGGAAGAGUUUGGGUUCUCAGGUGAUGGGCCACUCUGUUUGCCUUGUGACGCUGUGUUCCUGCGCCAUGUUUUGCUUCUGCUUAGGGGAAGGAGAGGCUCCAGAGAUGCAGAGAGGGAGAUGGUGAUGUCUGGUUUCAGGCAACAUUGCUCCAUCUCUGAUCCGCGUAGUGCCGAUAGCGUUCGACAGUUAGCUGCGUACUGA